AUGGCAAGUUUGUACGCUGCUAGAUACAUGGCGCCGCGAAAGCCGAUUGGAACCAGCAGCCCAAGGCGGAUUGGAGCCGUCGAGACCCUCCAGACGUCACCGACUCAGACAGCGACGAGGAAUCCUUUGGUGAGGAAGACGAUGAAUGUGAUGAAGCUAAUAACGAACCAGUGUUUUGGAAAUGAUGUGUCUGGAGGAUUUGGUCAGAGCGCCUUCCUUGACCGGUUCAGCGUCCCUCCCGCCCCGACAAUGCAAGGCCGCAACCGCUCAGCUUGUGCCAGUGGUUGCUCGUCGUCAUCAAGUCGUCAAACUCGAGGUUCAUCCUCUAACCCCUCUUCAAACUCCAGCUUCACAUCAGCGAUGAUCCUCGCUUCUGCUCCAGAACAUGAUUUCUUUCGUCGCCGUCCGGCUGUUAAAGCCGAUGUGCGUGCUAUCCUUGGCGAUGUGAUAACUCGAGCCCUGUUUGACAACACCCAACAAGCUGUUUCUCUCCACGACGAGAUGCAAUAUCUGGUCGAUGUUAAUGAUGAAGUCUUGUACCGCAGUGUAAACAACCCCACGAACACCUCUGGCAUGCGCUUCCAGGCCAUCACAACCAUGAGUGUCGGUCUCAGCGGAGUGGCGCAAGAAAUUGAGGAGCUGAACAAGGCCAUAGCGGGCUUGUCGAUGGGUGAUGUCAUGCUGCCGCAACCGGUCAGGAGAAAGGAAACAUGCACUGAGAAAGCGAGGUUUCUGACUAUCAAUGGUGAUCUGAAUGUACUGGCGAGUUUGCAAGGAAGAAAUACUUUUGUUUUAAUGGCGUUAUAG